CAGCCGCCCGUCUUUGUAAGGAGACCACUGAGACUAGCAGGAACGCGGAGCAGCCUCUCUGCUGCCCUGACUUUUUAAGAAAUCUCAAUGAACUAUUUGUAGAGAAUCACUGAUCCUGCCUGCAAGGUUUUUUUUUUUUGUUUUUUUUUGUUUUUUGCAGGGCAAAGACACUGAUCAGUGUUAAGUGAAGAUCACAUCUUAUAUGUGAUCUUGACUUUUUUUGGUCUUACAUUAUAUUUUUAUAGAUUUUGUUAUAAUCAUGGUGCUGGGAAAGGUAAAGAGUUUGACAAUAAGCUUUGACUGUCUUAAUGACAGCAAUGUCCCUGUGUAUUCUAGUGGGGAUACUGUCUCAGGAAGGGUGAAUUUAGAAGUUACUGGGGAAAUCAGAGUAAAAUCUCUUAAAAUUCAUGCAAGAGGACAUGCGAAAGUACGCUGGACUGAAUCUAGAAACGCCGGCUCCAAUACUGCCUAUACCCAGAAUUACACUGAAGAAGUAGAAUAUUUCAACCAUAAAGACAUCCUAAUUGGACACGAAAGAGAUGAUGAUAAUUCCGAAGAAGGCUUCAACACUAUUCAUUCAGGAAGGCAUGAAUAUGCAUUUAGCUUCGAGCUUCCACAGACACCACUUGCUACCUCAUUCGAAGGCCGACAUGGUAGUGUGCGCUAUUGGGUGAAGGCCGAAUUGCACAGGCCUUGGCUUCUACCAGUAAAAUUAAAGAAGGAAUUUACAGUCUUUGAGCAUAUAGAUAUCAACACUCCUUCAUUACUGUCACCCCAAGCAGGCACAAAAGAAAAGACACUCUGUUGCUGGUUCUGUACCUCAGGCCCAAUAUCCUUAAGUGCCAAAAUUGAAAGGAAGGGCUAUACCCCAGGUGAAUCAAUUCAGAUAUUUGCUGAGAUUGAGAACUGCUCUUCCAGAAUGGUAGUGCCAAAGGCAGCCAUUUACCAAACACAGGCCUUCUAUGCCAAAGGAAAAAUGAAGGAAGUAAAACAGCUUGUAGCUAACUUGCGUGGGGAAUCCUUAUCAUCAGGAAAGACAGAGACAUGGAAUGGCAAGCUGCUGAAAAUUCCACCAGUUUCACCCUCUAUCCUUGAUUGUAGUAUAAUCCGUGUGGAGUAUUCACUAAUGGUAUAUGUGGAUAUUCCUGGAGCUAUGGACUUAUUUCUUAAUUUGCCACUUGUCAUCGGUACAAUUCCUCUGCAUCCAUUUGGUAGCAGAACCUCAAGUGUAAGCAGCCAGUGUAGCAUGAAUAUGAACUGGCUUGGUUUAUCCCUUCCUGAAAGACCUGAAGCACCACCCAGUUAUGCAGAAGUAGUAACAGAGGAACAAAGGCGAAAUAAUCUGGCACCCGUGAGUGCCUGCGAUGACUUUGAGAGAGCGCUUCAAGGACCACUGUUUGCAUAUAUCCAGGAGUUUCGGUUCUUGCCUCCACCUCUUUAUUCAGAGAUUGAUCCAAAUCCUGAUCAGUCAUCUGAGGAUAGACCAUCCUGCCCCUCUCGCUGAAGGAACACUUGGUUGAAUCAAGUUGAUGUGGGUUCCGAACUGUAUCUCUUCCGGCUGAAGACAGAGAAGUAUCUUGGAGACACGUUUUCAGAGGAAGUGGAAUUGCUUUUGCCCAGAAAAAUGGCAAACACAUGAAACAACCAGUGAUCAUGCUUUAGAAUCCUACAACAUUCUGAGGCUGCUCCAACAUGCUUGAAGAUCUAAGCUUUUCUCCUUUCAAACUGGCACAUCCUAAGAGCAGUCUUCUUAGCCUAUGGUCAUAUGUGUCAAGACACUACGUUGUAAAGAAGGAUGGUUUCCUUCUUUUGAUUUGAAAAUUUGCACAUGCUCAUUGCUUACAUUGUGCAGUUCCAUGUCACUACAGCUUUUUUUUUUUCCCAUUUAUGCCAGACUCUUGAUACUCUUUUAAAACUUGUUGUGGUCAGCACAACAAGGAACAAAGGAAAGCUUUGAAAAACUUUUACACACAAAAAACACGCACUGACAGUUUGUUUGUUUUGUUUUAAUUUAAUAUAGCCUGGACUUUACCUGCACAUGCACAUGCUCAGAAUUGUCGUAGUAGGCUGACCAUGUAUCACCUCUUCAGCUUGGAUCCUAUUGUGGAUUUAUUUACAAACAUCAAAUGCCUUCAAGCCAAUCCUUUUUGCUGUAUGUUUUGCAGCCUACUGUAGUAGAUACGCAACAGAUGUGUAGGGAACAGACAAGAGGAGGAAGCUAACAAGAGACUGUCCAGAUUGUGUACCUUCUUGGUUUCUUUUUGAGCAUUUGUUGCCUUUCUACUGUUACAGCAAAGCAGCAUUUGUCACUGACUGCCUAAAAUCACUUAAUCUCAGGUGAAUGCGUCACUUGCCAAACUGUUGGAAUGCUGUUUGUGUUUUGUUGCACUGUUACGUUGUUGUUGUUGUUGUGUUUAUUUGGUCAGCUCUUUGGAGAGAGAAAUUUGGAAACGGGACAUACACAAAAGUGAUAACCACCCACAUCCCCUUUUUAUCAUUACGUACAAAAAGAAACUAGCAGAGCUAAGUGGAGUGAAGACAGACAGUGGGGCAGGCACCGGCAAAGAGUUAAGGGCUGUUGCUCUUUCAAAUUAUUUUUAUUAUUUUAAAAGUAAAUGGAAGUUUCCAGUCACUGGGGAAAGGAGGGGAAAGUGCAUUUAUUUUUAUACAGAGUUACUUAAUUACCUCCAAAACACGUAUGUUGGAAAUCAUUUUUGCUGAUGCAGAGUACUUUAGUGAGCAAGAAUAUGUGUCUGAAGGUGAUGAUUGGGGACCUUGGUUUAUACAUUCACUCAUAUUUGAGAAUAAAAAGCCCAAGUUUAUUCCAAAAGUGUAUAACUUCACAAUUAUAAAUAGUAGGCUGUUUGCUGGGAUAAAUAACUUGUAUUUGUGUGCGUGAUUUUUUUUUUUAAUGAAAAAAUUUUUCAUUGUCUAAAGAAUUGCUGACAUUUCAAGUCACUCGUUUUUAGUAUGUAUAGAUAAAACAGCAAUCACAUCAAUAAGUUAUACUUUAUUUUUUAAGAUAAUUUGUGGUUGGAUCAUAACAAAUAUACCAGCAUUCAUAACAUUUAAAACACCAUUUUCCAAGUACUCAGUGUACAGAUUAUUUUUUAGAAGGAAUCUUGUCUUUAAUGAAAAUCAGCAUCUCUGAUGUCACAACAUAUGUGUGAAAUGGGUGUUACGUCUAUCUACCUUGCCAUUUAACCCCAUAGUUUAAAAAGUGACUGAAAAUAAUAGUAACUCUGGAUGGUGCUUGACCUGGUUAAAUACUGUCUUAAAGCUUCAUACAAAAUAGGCUUUUCCAUAAGUGGCCUUUAAGAAAACAUGGAAGACAAUUCAUGUUUGAAAUAAUGCUGACAGGGUGAAGAAAGCCCACUGUAAAAAUGAAUCGCGUUUUAAGUGAUUCGGUUAAAGGGUUUGGGCUCCCGUAGCAAACUAAUACUAGAUAAUAAGGAAAUGGGGGUGAAUUAUUUUUUUAUUGUUAAAUCAUUUUGUGAAUGUCCCCCUCAAAAGAAGCUAAUGGAAUAUUUGGCAUAAAGGGCAUUUGGUGGUUUUAUUGUUUGGGGGGGAUUGUCUGAAAACCCUUUUUGUUAUGUCUGACUAGGGAACAAUUGUUUAUAUGCAUAGCAUUGGAUACUUAUUACCAUGUUCUUUUACAAAUACCAUGUUAAGCAAGAAUGACCAAUAUUCUGACAAUUGGCACUGGGUCACAAAAUGUGAUAAAAUUUCUAUAAAACUUUAUAAAAUAAAGUUUUAUUUUCCCCAUAAAUAUUUCUUUACUCAUUUGGUGGCAUUAACAUUUUUCUAAAUAUUGGUCGAUUCCUGACAUAAGAUGUGAGGUUCAGUUGGAUUCUAGUAUUCAAGAUAGAUUCCUGAUUUUUCAUUUAGGAAAAGUAAAAUCCAAAAUGUUAGCAAAACAAAGUGCAAUAUUAAAUGUUUGCUUUAUAGAUUAUAUUCUAUGGCUGUUUGUAAUUUCUCUUUUUCUUUUUUAUUUGGUGCUGAAUAUGUCCUUGUAGGCUCUGUUUUAAGAAAACUAUGUGGGAAAUGAUUUAAUUUUUCCUAUUGCUCUUCCUUGUGGAAAAUAAAGUGUUUUUUUUUUUCCUUUUUGUA